GACAUUUUGUUUGAUAUUAUCAUUGAUUUAUUGAUUUGAUUUCACAAACCCAAUAUAAUGCUAUAUAAACACUCACGUUUGAUUUGAGUAUGUUAUAAAGUAAUAAUGUAUGCUUUGAGUUAGUUACUGAGCUAGUUUUAGUCGCCGAGUUCAUUAUAUAACUGGACUGGAGCUGGACAUUUGAAUUUUGACGACCUAUUAGUCAAAAAAUGAUCGGAACCUACGCAUUUUGUUUAAAAAAAUAUGAAUUGAUUUUUGGAUUAAUAAUUAUCUCAUCGAUUAGUGUUUUAGCAACAAAUGUUUGCAAUUUUAACGUGAGGGUCAAGCAAACUUUGAUAAAUGAAGGAUUUCAUAGAAAUAUCACAUAUGGUAUUGUAUUUAACACUGAGAACGACGAUGAGAGGUGGCUGUAUGAAGAUUGUAUUGUUGGUUUAGAACAAGAACUGCCAUCUGGUGUAUUCACUAACCCAGAUGAAUUAAGUGACUUACGACGAAACAAAAAGUUAAAUGCAUUUCCACAAAAUCGUGUGAAUGUGGAACUGCCUGCAGAACAGUCCAGCCCUAACAAGGUGUAUAUAACUGGAAAGGUCAUAGAUGAAAAAGUCAACCUUUGGUUGCCAGUUCAUGCAAGAUAUUAUCAAGCUGUUUCCGGUGGAGGUACUGCAAGGAACGAGAUUGAACCUCCGACACUGUUCCUUCACUGUCCAGAUGAAAGGCUAGAGUUAUGCGGUGCAAACAACGCACAAGCCGCAUUUUUAUGCAACGGUAGUCCAAGAGAGAAGUGCAAAUGGAAAGAAAUACCAUAUACAAUGAUGACUGACACGCUAAUUUGGGACGUGCCUGUUGGUAAUACGGAUCAUUAUUACUUGGUAGCUAUGGGCACAACCACUGUCAUAGUGGUAGGCUCACUAUAUUUAUUGAAGACUAUACACGAAUACCAAAUUAGUCAUCGCAAGAAGAAAUUGUGAGAUAGGGUUACACUAGGAAUAAAUAAGGGUGAGGGAGACAGAUAUAUAAAGUAAAGAGGGCAGAAAGACACAAAGGACUGCUUGUAAGCGUAUUGGGUGUUGUAUGUAAUUAAAUCAUUGUGAUGUUACCAAGUUCAGUAUUAAUUCAUGUUCUUUCAUUUAUACUCCAGCUAACAAGCUAAUAAUAGCCUUAACCAAAAUUAUAGUGUUAGCAAAUAAAUGGCCUUCCUUUAUCGAUCUAAUAGCAGCUUUUCACUCUCAUAUUCUAAUAAUCCUACCCCAUACAUAUAGAGUAUGUAUAUUUUUUAACUAAUAUUUCAAGAAUAAACAUGUUUUUUUUCUUUGGUAAUGGACUCGGACAGUUGUACUUUUGCCAGUGUCAAGUAAUAGAAAAUUAUCGUUUAUAAUUACUUGAUCGAAAACUUCUCCACAGUAUGUCGAUUCAUCACAUUGUAGUGUUUGGGAGAUUUUGAGAUCUUAAGACAGUCGAUGACGCGAAUCAUAGAAAAUAACGCGUGAUUUAUAUUAACAUCGGAGCACUUGUUACAAGUAGUGGUGGUGUAAGAAUAUCCACUAACGCAUAUCGUCCCGUGGGUGUCAUAAGAGGCGACAGAGGGAAACUGAAACAGGAGGUGGGCAGCAGCAUCUUUUUGAUAACAACUCAAAACAAUUAAAACUCCGGUUGCCAACCCGCCUGCCAAGCGUGGCAAGUAUGGCAAAAUUCUCCCAAUGAGGCUAUACAUAGGUGAGGCCUAUGUUCAGCAGUGCACUUUCAUAGACUGUAAUGGUACUCGUAAUGGACUUGUUUCGUAAUUUCUACUAAUAGUUGACGUGCGCAGAUAUUUAUUAGGGGCCAUCCAUAUAAACGAAAUAGCAACGAAAUGUGACAAUCAAGGGACGGAAGGUAAAAGCUAGAUGACGUCACAUGUUAAAAUAUAAAUACUAAAACUCGAAAUAUAUACGAGGGUGGAUUGAAAAGUACUCGGCCUAACCAAGAAAAUAAACACAUACUAAAUCAGUUAUAUUUUUAUUUUUCUACAAAAUCACCAUCAAGUUCAAUACACUUUUGCCACCUCCCCUUCCAAGCAUUUAGACCGUUGAAAAAAAAAUGAUUCUUCCUUAGAGUCAAAAUAUGCGUCUACAGCUGCUUUGACCUCGUCGUUUGUCGAAAAUCUUUGACCUCCCAAGUGCUUUUUUAGGUUAGGGAACAGAAAGAAGUCUGAUGGUGCCAGAUCAGGUGAAUACGGCGGAUGCGGUAACAGUUCAAAGCCACAGUUGUGAAUUUCAGCCAUUGACUGUACUGACGUGUGAACACGGGCGUUAUCUUGAUGAAACAGGACUUUUCUUCUGAGCAUUCCUCGACGUUUUUCUUUUAUUUCCUCUCGUAAAUGACGUAGUAAGGUGCAGUAGUAAUCAGAGUUUAUAUUCUGACCCCUUUUAAGAUAAUCAAUCAUAAUCACACCUUUCGAGUCCCAGAAUACUGAAGCCAUCACCUUAUUUGCCGACAAAAUCGACUUAGCCUUUUUAGAGGUUGGUGAACCAGGUCUUCUCCACUGUUUUGAUUGUUGUUUUGUUUCCGGUGUACAGUAAGGAACCCAUGUUUCGUCCAUAGUAACAAAACGAUUCAAAAAAUCAUCUGCAUCGGCUUCAAAUAACUCCAAACAGUCGCGUGAAAUAGUCAAUCGCGUCCUUUUUUGUUCAACUGAAAGCAGUCGCGGAACCCACCUCGCAGACACCUUGUGGAAACCCAACUCGUUGACAAUGAUGUUUUGAGUUCAUUCAUAAGAGAUGCCUAUAAUCUCGGCUAUCUCUCUAAUUUUUAAUCUGCGGUCUCCCAUUAUUAAAUCAAGUACUUUUUUAAUAUUUUCGUCAGUAGUUGACGUCGAAGGCCUUCCAGAGCGGGGUUCAUCUUUCACACUCUCUCUACCACGCUUAAAUUCUGCUAUCCAUUUUUUGACGGAUGAAUAUGACAGAGCACAAUCGCCUAAUGUACUGACCAUGUCAUCAUGGAUGGCUUUUGAUGAUAGCCCCUUCUUAUGGAGGUACUUAAUGACGGCACGCUGCUCGAUUUGCUCCAUUCGCGGAAAUUAUGUCCGAUUACUUUGUUAAUAAAUUUAUAAAAUCACAACUAAUUAUCGCACACGUUUCGAACUUCACACAAUGAACUAGUCUGAACUGAACUAAAUAAUGUGGAUAGAUUUGAUUUUUAGAAUUGAAUGGAUCUGUGUUAGGCCGAGUACUUUUCAAUCCACCCUCGUAUGUAAGUAAACCAAAUGAGUACUUAAAAAUAUUACUACUACACAAGAUGAUUAAGUUUUGUAUCUUUUAUUAACAUUAUUAAUCGUUUAUCGUUCUUUAAUUGAUUAAAGUUGGUAAAAAUUAUAUUGCGUAUAUAAUAUAAUGGGUUUCCGCAAAGUAACGCCUGAUUCUCUUAGUUAUUUAAUUGGUAUUUCAUUUUGUAUCCAAAAUAUUUGACUUUAUUUUGAUUUUAUUAGAUAUUAUUUUUAAUUUAAAUUAAAAAAAAUUGGAAAAACUGCCGUUAUAAUUUAAUUACUCUGAAAUAUAACAUUGAAAAAUAUGAAAUAAUAAAAUUGAAAAAUAAGACACUAUCCCCCUGGAGACGGGGUUUCACAACUGUGACCACCUGUAACGGGGAUUGGGGGGAGGGGGUCAAAAAAACAAAGUUUGUGUGACGUAAUUAUAUAAAAAAGCUCUUUCCGAGUGUUACAGAAAAUCUGAUGCCGAAGAACUCAUAAAGAAUGCCUCAUCUUAUUCUUCUUCGCCACCUCCCUCUAUUGGUUGAUCUCUAGAAUGAUGCAUAGCAUACACUGAAGAGGAAAGCGACAAUGAUCAUGGCCAAAGCAUUCGUCAAACAACUAUAAUUCGUGAAAUGUAUCCUAACUAUCAAGAAUAAAUCAGCUAUUUGUGCGCCUAGUCUUUGCCAGCCCUGAACUAUUUUUUAUAUUGAGAGAAAAUUACGAGGUAUAUGGACUUGGGAUAAUACGGAGCAAUAGACUUAGAGGCGUAGAGAUAAUUUUACCGUCGGAAAAUGUUUUCAAAAAAAGCCUCAGGGCAGUUAUGGUGAAGAGUUUCCAUACAAAAACUGUAUAUCUGUUGUCGGUGAUAAAAAAAGCCUUAUAAGUCUACGCCACGGCCUAACCAGUUCAUAAAAUUAAAAGGUAUUGCAAAGAAUGGCGUAGUAAAGAAAAUGUAGACUGCUUGCAGAUAUUGAAGGAAUAUAAUAAGCACAUUGGAGGGGUGGACCUUGCGGAUAAACUUUACUCUUUAUACAAGACCUUUGAAAAACCCGGCGCUGUUAUAUUGGAAUCUUGGCUUGUUUGAUAAAUAUUUGUAUCAACAAUGCUUGACUUUUAUACAAGCCAGACCAGGCCACAAUUUCCUCUCAGGCUACAACGCCAUUGAAAAAUUUCCGGUUUGAUAUUUAUGAAGGUUUGCAAAAAACAGGUAGAUCUGAGACUUCAGUAGAAAACGGAGAAGGUAAAAAAAGGGGAGACAGCUUACGCAAGAUGCACCGAUCCAGGAUGUGAGAUAGUAUGACAAUGUAGGCCAUUUCAUUGACAAGUGUCAGGUACGGUUGUGUUUUGUUACUGGCAAGAACCCGCGAAAUGACCAACUUGAUUUUCAUUUCAAAAUUAAUAAUAUUUUUAUUAUUCCUAAAAUAAAAUACGAUUUUUUCUU